UGUUUAGCCCAGCCUCUGUGGGUGAUGACGACAGCAGCGGUGUGACUGCAAUGCAGAAUCACACAGCACAUCGUGAAGUCCGCUCACAGUUCCGCAGUGUGCGCCGACUCUGGGAUACAUACAGCGGAUACAGCGGCAGGAGAGAGCGGGGAGACAGCGAGUUCUCUACAACUAACGGGACAUUCGCAGCCCAACCCAGCGCCCUGCUUGUCGGCUCCGGGGCUAGGCUCCGCGUGUAGGGCCGAGCAUCCGCUAGUGCUGCCCCGUCUCUGUGCUGCAGAAUGGCCGCAGCAUCAGGAGCUGCCGACAGCUGGGAGAACCCCCACAAAAUACCCCCCAGCGCCUUGUUGCUGGUUCUCUUGACGGGUUUCGUUCAAUUUCACCAGAUUUUCGGGGUUGAAGUGAACAUUGGGAAGGUGUCAACCCUUACGGUCUUGAAUGGCAGCGACGUUAUGCUCCCCUGCACUUUCUCCAGCUGCAUGAGUUACUCCGACUCCUCCUUCUGGUGGAAUUUCCAGAAAAAUAAAACAGCACCAGUAGAGAGAAUUAUUUUUAUCAAACUAACAGGAAAGAGGCCCUCUGUCACUACAGAAAUAGACAGAUUCAUGCUCAUCGGGGACAUUAAAAGAAAGAAUAUCUCCCUUUUACUGGAGGAAGUGGAAUUUGAGGAUGCAGGCCUAUACACGUGCGCCUUCAAAAACCCUAAUGAAGCCGACCAACAAGCCAAUUCCACACUGCAGCUUUUUGUGGUCAGUGAACUGUUACCAGUGGACAACAAAUUGACAGUUCUCAUUGCUUCCAUUGUCGGAGGAGUGAUAGGACUCCUCAUUCUAUUAUUUAUUAUUAAAAAGCUAAUAAUGUUAAUAAUUAAGCAAAUUGGAAAAAAGAAGAAGGAGUGCCUGGUAAACUCCUGCGCCAACACUCAACGUGGACAUUAUGGUUCCAAGGCCGACCUCAAAAGUCCACCAAAGGCGUGAAGAUUGCACCAAUUUUAACAUCAGUGCUUAAAGACAUGAGAUGUGCCUAUUAAAACACUAGCGAGCACAUUACAUCAUAAGGUAACCCUACUACACACAACAAGAUGGG